GCUGAUAAGCGUGGGACCAUCUGCCUAGUGCAGCUCAAAUAUUUCAGCAGUGGGAGAGCAGUUCUGACUUCAGAGACUCGUCUGCAGCAAUCCUGGGAGAUGCUGGGACCGGGGACCUGGCAGGCUGGCCGGGUACGGAUGCCACAGGAUUCAAAGGAGCCAUUCCCUUGCUGUCACCUCUGACCCUUCUCGAGCAAAGGACACCAGGGAGUCCACGCUCCAGCGUGUGGAGUUGUUCAGAUGCUCUUAACAAGCACAGAGGCGCUUCCAUGAGGAACAGGGAGGAGGGAGCGAAACUCUGUGAUCCUGCCAGAGCCACUGACUAACUGACUAACGAUGCCACCGAUGCCACCGAGACUGCCCCAAGCCUCUAGCCCUCUGUCCCCAAUUGAGGUUCCCACCGCUGUGUUCCCCACCAAGACCUGCCAGCCAGAAAAUGACCUGAAGUGACCCAGGGCAAGAACUCCUCAUGGACCAGUCAAAUAUGACAUCCCUUGCUGAAGAGAAAGCCAUGAAUACCUCCAGCAGAAAUGCCUCCCUGGGGAGCUCACACCCACCCAUUCCCAUAGUGCACUGGGUCAUCAUGAGCAUCUCCCCUCUGGGCUUUGUGGAGAAUGGGAUCCUCCUCUGGUUCCUCUGCUUCCGGAUGAGGAGAAAUCCCUUCACGGUCUACAUUACCCACUUGUCCAUUGCUGAUAUCUCUCUUCUGUUCUGUAUUUUUAUCCUGUCCAUUGACUAUGCUUUAGACUAUGAACUCUCUUCUGGCCAUCACUACACAAUCGUGACAUUAUCGGUGACUUUUCUAUUUGGCUACAACACGGGCCUCUAUCUGCUGACAGCCAUCAGUGUGGAGAGGUGCCUAUCGGUCCUCUACCCCAUAUGGUACAGAUGCCACCGCCCCAAGCACCAGUCAGCAUUCGUCUGUGCCCUUCUGUGGGCACUUUCGUGCUUGGUGACCACCAUGGAGUAUGUCAUGUGUAUUGACAGCGGAGAAGAGAGUCAUUCUCGGAGUGACUGCCGGGCGGUCAUCAUCUUCAUAGCCAUCCUCAGCUUCUUGGUCUUCACUCCGCUCAUGUUAGUGUCCAGCACCAUCUUGGUGGUGAAGAUACGGAAGAACACGUGGGCCUCCCAUUCUUCGAAGCUGUACAUUGUCAUCAUGGUCACCAUUAUCAUAUUCCUCAUCUUUGCCAUGCCCAUGCGGGUCCUCUACUUGCUGUACUACGAGUACUGGUCAGCCUUUGGGAACCUGCAUAACAUCUCCUUGCUUUUCUCCACCAUCAACAGCAGCGCCAACCCUUUCAUCUACUUUUUUGUGGGCAGCAGUAAGAAGAAGCGCUUCAGGGAGUCCUUAAAAGUCGUCCUGACCAGGGCUUUCAAAGAUGAAAUGCAACCCAGGCGCCAGGAGGGCAACGGCAACACUGUAUCCAUUGAGACUGUGGUCUGAGGACAGCAGGGGAAAUUGUGGACAGAAACAGUGGAAUGCUGGAGGCUUUUAGCUUGUGCUUGGAAUGCAAUUUAAGCACAUUUAAAUCUCCUAACUAUGAUACAGAGGGAAGCAUUCUACAUGCAUGGGGGUCAUGCACUGAUGACUUUGUAUUGUUACCUAUAUAUGUGAUAUGAUGGGCUCUGUCUUUUCUAUCGUUAUCAAAGACUCAUUCUUCUCGUAGCUGUCUGGUAGUGAUCAACAGUGAACUAUAAAGACUGCUCUAGCAGGAAGUAUCCCAAAUGUGACCUGGAGAACCUGGGGAGACUGUGUAAUGACUGCUGUGUGCUCCUAUGUGACAUCAGGCAAGUGGCUUUGGGGAGCCUGGUUUCCUCCACUCAGUGGAAGUAGUGACAACCUGUAGCUCAGGUUAUUGUCUAGUCUGAUGAGGUAGGCAAAGCACCCAGCUCAUUGUCAAAGUUCAAUAAAUAUCCAUCUCUCCUCAUCCUUUAACUAGAACACAAAGUGCUUAUACAAAUAUUGCCUUGUGUUUAUAAAUGUUGAAUGUAGAUCCCCAAAGGUCUUUUGGCUUGUAGCAUGAAAGCUUUUUGUGGUCUAACACCUCCGCUGAGACAUCGGCAAUUGUUACAAUCAAGGCAGCCACAUAUUGGGACAUCAUUUGAAAUUCUGGAAACAAACAUUUGUUCCCUCUUGGAAGAGUUUCACAUGGCUUUCCUUAGGGAAUAACACAUGGAGUGGAAGUCUAUGCUUGGAAAUCUUUUUACUGCAUAUACAAUUUCACAAAUGGAACUUAAUUCAGGAGUUUCUGAGGACAACUGUGCUCUUGAAGACCUGUUCCCCAUAGUGAUGGGUUAUUUAUAGCUAGGAAGUUCUUGCCUGCAGCUUCAUACACAUCUCUGCACCUGAUGCCUCUUUUUCCUGAGGCUCUGUGUGUUUGUGUGCACAUGUACACAUGUACUCAUGUUGCAGCUUACAUACGUGUGAAUGUGUGUGUCUGCAUAUGUGGUGUGUGUGUGUGUGUGUGUGUGUGUGUGCAUCUAUGUGAGUAUGUGAGUGUGCACAUUGUGCUCAUGGCUGGACAAGGAGUCUUCAUCCAUCACUUUCCACCUUAUUCAUCGAGACAGGCUCUCUCAGUGGAAUCCAGAGUCACCAACUGGGAUGGAUAGUCUAACGUAUUAGCUUGCUUUGGGGAUCAUUGUUUCUACCUUCUUAACACAGGGCUUAGAGACAGGCUACCAUACACACUCAGCAUUUGUGUGGGUACCGGGGAACCCUGCUUCUCACUCUUGCAUGGCAAGUGUUUUGCCACAGACACCAAGCUUUUUGUGUCUCAUCAUUCUGAGAAGGGGGCUCCUGGUGAGAGCUAAUAGGAUACCAACACAUCUUUAAGGGAUCUGAAUGCUUUUCCCCAAAACCGACCUCUGAAGGGCCUCUCCACUCAGGACUGGCUCAGGCAAGCUGGUUCCUGCUCGAGUUGCCAUUCCCAGACCACAUGUUUUGGAUUUUUGACUGAACACUGUCUUAGUUUAUAGACGGAUACACUGGGGUGCCAAUUUCCUGACAUUCCCUCAGGGAGUCUCAUAGAGAUGGCAGUGCUUGCUGGAGUUCUUCAUGCAGACAAAUGUUUAAAUCCAUAAAUGAGCCAUUAGUAUUUGUCUCCAUUGUUUGUGCUCCUCGGGGCUGGAAGAUCUCUGGAGAAAUGAGUCUUCCCUGCUGCCCGCUCCACCCUGUGUCUUUCUCAGGAGCAAUAAUGACAGUCACGUAGGGCUGCUUUGCUGAAGGAGAGCUGUGAGUCUCUCACUGAGCUGAGACCCCGAUGCUAGCCAAAUUGGAUGCAGGACACUUUUCAGUGGGUGAUGGCAUCUGAUUCAGAAGCGAGGCAGCUUGUGUUUGGGAGUCCAGAUGGGGUGUAGAGCAGUGACAUUUACAACGAUCUUGUUUUCAGUUGGAAGCGGAGUUUCUGUACUAGGGAAGAGUGGAAUAUACCACACAGCCUGGCUCCCCUCUGAUUCCACUAUCUCCUGGAUGCCAUGUAGCAGGUCUCUGUGCCAUUGGCAGAGGGUCAGCCUUAUCACAUCCCAAAAGAGAUUUUGUUACCCAGCUUUCUGUCACUAUGACAAACACCUGAGAUGAGCCAGCUUAUGAGCAGGAUUUAUGUGGUCUCAUACUUCAGGAUUUCAGUCCACAGUCACCUCUCCCUAUCACUUUGAGUCCGGAGUGGCAUAAGACUUCAUGGCAGGAGCAUGAGGUAGAGAAGGGUUGUUCAACACCAUCCCAAUAUCCCCUUCCAGGGCACGCUUCCAAUGCUCUAACAUCCUUCCCCUAAGUCCCACCCACUAAAGGUGAGGACCAAAAGUCCCAGUAUCUCCCAAUGGAGUCACACACUCAUGGCCAAACCAUGAGGAACAUAGGGCUUUGUGGACAUUGUCAAGCCACAGAGACCUCAAGGGAAACACUCUGAGCUGACCAGAAGCCUGAAUAUAUUUCCUUCCUGCAGAUGAGGUGAGAAGACUGAAUGGACUAUUGUGUUUGAAGAUUCCCCAAUUUCUCAACAAGUGAUGCUUUGUAGAGAGGCAGGGUUUGACGUUCUAUUCGUCGUUGUUGUUGUUGUUGUCUUGUUGUUUCCUGGAACUCACUCUGUAGACCAAGCUGGCCUUGAACUCAGAGAUCCUCCUGCCUCUGCCCUCCAAGCACAUGGAUUAAAGGCAUGCACCACCAUUACUUGAUAGAAUUAUGUUUUUUUUUUUUUUAAAAUCAGCUUUUAUUUUCUCUUUUUUCUUUUGCUUUUAUUUUUUUAAAUUUUGUGUAUAUGAGUACACUGUCACUGUCUUCAGACAUACCAGAAGAGGGCAUCAGAUCCCAUUAUAGAUGGUUGUGAGCCACCAUGUGAUUGCUGGGAAUUGAACUCAGGCCCUCUGGAAAUGCUUUUAACCACUGAGCCAUCUCUCCAGCCCAGAAUUCUGUAUUUUUAAAGCUGAAUUUCUCUCUCUUCCCUUAAAUCUAUUCUCAAAGUGAACAAUAGAUUAAAACUAGGGUCAGAAAUAUGGAUCUGCAGAUAGAAGUGAUUGCUGCCCAACCCGAUAACCUGAGUUUGAAACCCAGGACCUGCAUGGUAGAAGGAGAAAAUCAAAUCCUGAAAGAUGCGAUGUGUGUGCCCUCCCCCACAUAUAUACACAUGUGAGUGAGUAAGUGUGUGUGUGCACGUACACACAAAAUAAAUGUACUAAAAAUUUAAAAACUCCUAUCAGGUGUGGCAGCUCAUGCCCACAACUUCAGCACUCAGGCAAAUGAGGUAGAAGGAUUGCUGUAAGUUCUAGUCUAGGCUACAUAGUAACUUUCGGGCAAUCCUGGGCUAUGCUAAUUAGAGUGUAAGAUCCUGUUUUUAAAAAAGGCCAAAGUGGCUUGGUCUUAGUGCCAUCUUCCUUGAGACUCCUGCGCCAUGAGAGCGAAGUGGCGGAAGAAGAGA